ACUCUAUUGUGGUGACAUUCAUUCCUGCGAUGAACAUCCAAGGCCAUCAGUAUCUGCCUUCGUCUCUAAGUUGAUUUCGAGCUGCUUUCAAUGACAGCGUACUCCCGGGGCAAGACCAUGAAGGCGAUCGUGACCUUGGAAAACGGGCAAUUCACACUGAAGGACGUACCCAUACCUCAGGCUUCGGCGGGUGAGAUCUUGGUCAAAAUUACCGCGAGUGCUCAAAACCCUGUGGACUGGAAGACCGCCCUUUUGCACAAGAAGCCUAACAAUAUACUUGGCUGUGACUUCGCGGGCACAGUAGUUGAGCUCGGACCGGAGGUUCCUGAUACGUUGAGACACGUAGGCGAACGCGUCGCUGGAUGCGUACAGGGAGGGAUAGCUCCCAACGGCGCAUUUGCUGAAUAUGUUGUCAUGCAAGCCGCCCUGGCCAUCGCUCUCCCUGAUUCAGUGUCUUUCGAAGACGGCGCACAACUUGGCGUAGCAUGCUUCACAGCAUGUCUUGCCCUUUACGAUUGUCUCAAACUUCCUACGCCCGACCAUCCCGUUGAAGAGUCGAGCUCCGUGCUUAUAUGGUCCGGCACCUCUGCGACCGGACAGUAUGCCGUUCAAUUUGCGAAGCUGAGUGGUAUGCGAGUUAUCGCGACGGCGUCGCCGAAGCACUUCGAACUCGUCAAGGCUCUCGGGGCAGACGAAGUGUACGACUACGCCAACUCUCAGACCCCGAGGAAGAUAUUCGCCAGUACCCGCGGUUCCCUUCGGCACGCCAUGGACUGUUUCAGUCAAGAUAGAACGCCGAACCAAGUCAGCACGUCGCUGAGCAAGGAGGGCGGCACCAUUGCGACUCUGCUGCCCUAUGUCAGCAGGUCGAAAGGUGUUCAGACGCACCUGGUUCUCGCUUACACUAUUCUGGGGAAGGAGUUGACCUUCCCCUUCGCAUAUCCUGCUGUAGAGGAGCAUCGUCAAAGUGCCAUGGAAUACGCGAAGUUAAUCUCAGCACUCCUGGCGAAAGGGAAGCUCAAGCCCGUUCCAGUCAAAGUGUUCCCUAACGGACUGCAAAGCGUCCAUGACGGGUUUGAAUACAUGGGAGCAGGGAAGGUCCACGCGGAAAAGAUCACGUAUCGGAUUUCAGACACCCCGGGCAUAGAUUAAUGAUUACAGCGGCCGAUGUGUUGCGACCUGCCUACUACGCCGUCGCCGACAUCGCAUUUAAGAUGAUGCUAUAUGGCUGUGGUUAGCUAGGAUCCGGGUGAGAGCGAUCACAAAGCAUGUGUAUUCCGUGUUCCGUUCGUUCACAUCACUAUGUAUAGCUAUUAGUCUCCUGCAGUGCUCACUGUACCUUGGGCGGCGCAUCUACCGAGCAAGCUAGCACUUCGUACUGAUCGUACGGCAGACUAGACCCGCCGUAGCCCCAGCAGUAGGUAACUUGAUAAGCAGAACUCCAAGCUCU